GUGGUGUGUGUUUAAUUUGUCAUUGGAUUGAUAAAGUUUUCCCACUCUCGUUCUCCCCAUUUCUGCGUGAGGUUUUCUCCGAUUAUUGAAGUGAUUGUGAAUGUGUGUACGACCCCGCCAUAUACCGGCGACCCCGAGGCCAGGCCUGUUCUUUAUCUUACAGAGAUGGACUCAAGCCAUCCACAGUUCUGAUGGAAAAGCCGAAGAGAUCAACCCCAGAAAAUGGCUACCAAAGACUGGCACCUCCUGGGGGAUGCUGCGCUAAGUGGUAUCCAGCUUCAAGAGCAGCAGAGUGGUCAGCCGAACUGGGAAUCCAUUUUCACAAACAUUGACACUCGCGUCCCUUCUCUUGAUUCUGACAGCUCUUUGUCUGAUUGUGAAGAGAGUGAAGUGCAUGUAUUUCACCGAAAGCCAGCGACGCUGAUUACUGGGCCCAUGAAGAGCCCACCUCUGCUGGAGGACGCAGUGGACUUUUUAGAUGUUCCUAAGACACCUGAGAUCACUGGAAAGACCAAAGAUCUCAACCAAGAGGACAUGUUAACCUUAAAUAUUCCUCAUCUCCAGGACCUUCUUAGCUCUGUGCAGCCCCUUGCUGACAUGAUGGCUGAGCUGUCUGGGACUUCAGCACAGUCACUGCAGGUUCACAUGGAUAAAGCACCGGCGUCCGAUGAGAUUUCAAGAGGGUCUGUUGAUCUGAGUCCUUGGGGGACAGCAGGGAAUGUGAUCUUCAUGCCAGAGGGGAGCCAAGAUGGCUCUGGAGAGUCCUGCAGAAACCUUGAGGAAGACUUCUCAUCAUUGGCUCAUACAUCGUGUGAGAGAAGUGACGUGUUAGAAGGCAAAGAAGAGCACCCAGGACCGGACAAAGUGUCCAGUUCAACAAACACUGAAGGCAAGGAUUCAGUGAUUCAGUCAGAAUCGGAGAAAAGCUGCAAGUCCAAGGAAUCGGAUCAAAACAAUGGUUUGCCUGUUUUAUCCCUCCAGUUAUUAGAUGAAUGGGACCUUGAUGAAGUUUUGCAUGCUUUGAAACAGAAGGCCCAUUCUUCCUGCGAUGCAACGCCAAAUCCAGUCUUGCCAGAGGACCCAGGGCAUUCUGGAGAAUGUGCUCAUGGGGACUUGAUGAAGAAGUUAACUGAUUUUUGUCGAAAGCAGUCUGGGGGGCAAAUGGAGCUGGGUGAAGACCUGAUUACUACCAGAGGUCUCUUUCCUUCUUUGCUUACAGAGGAACAUGCGGGUUUGAGGUACGGCAUUCUUUCUUUCAAUGGAGAUAAGCAAAGCUUCAGUCUAAGCAAGCUCUGUGAUGCUCCUCUUCCUCUCA